UAAGUGUAUGUUGGAAAGUAGUUCAAGACCACUGUUGCACUUUACUCAAUUUGGGUUCACAUUAGAUCUUGAAUACACUUAGACAGAUCCUCCAUUGCUGUACUUCAAUUCACUCAAGCCGAUCAUCAUCUGCAAUGAAUCAACUUGGAAUCUUGUUCUGUGGACGAUAACAAUUACUGCCAGUCCAGCUGAGUAUUAAUGUUCUGAGGUACCGUUGAUAUAUCCAACAGUGUGAUUAUAUCAGGAGAACAUCAUGGCUGAUGCUAAUGCUAAUGCUCUCAUCUUAAAGAGAUUAAUCUCCAGCAUGCAGAUCCAGGAUCAUAAGAAAAUUCCGUACGAUAAGAGAAAAUAUUAUAAAGAUCUGAUAGAUCACCUGCGAAGUAUGAUGCUAGGAUAUGAAAAUGAAGAAGUGAAGAUUAUAUUACAUGAUAUGGAGUUAGAAUUUGCUGACUCGGUUGUCCCAGCUUUCUCUCGAUAUCAGAUUGACAUGGUACUUGAGAAUUGUGAAAAGCUCUUGGAAAUCAGAUAUGGCUCAGAUGUAGAGUUAGAAGAAACUGUCGAGGGCUUCGAUGAUGAAGUACAAACACUACUUGAUCAGCUUACCACAACUUGUACAAUGAAGUUGCAGGUUUUAACGAUUGCGGGAAUGGCUGGGCUUGGUAAGACGACCUUGGCUAGAAAACUAUACAAGGAUCCGUUAAUCGAGUAUACGUUUCACUAUCGAGCGUGGAAUUGUGUUUCUCAAACAUAUCUGAAGAGGGAUUUGUUACUUGGUGUAUUAAGCCAUUUAACAAACGAUCUUACAGAUGAGACUAAUAAAAUGAGUGAUGAACAGUUGGGGGAGACGCUAUACAGACUACUAAAGGGACAUCGAUAUUUGGUGGUGUUUGAUGAUAUUUGGGAUUGUACGUUUUGGAAUGAUAUCAGAAUUUAUUUUCCAGAUGAUAAAGUCGGGAGUCGAGUUCUGUUUACUACUCGUGACAUUGAAUUGAGUUUACAUGUAAAGGCAGCAAAACCUACUCAUGUCUUGCGCCUUCGUACCGAAAAUGAAAGUUGGAAAAUAUUUAGUAAGAAGGUAUUUAGAACCGGAGUUUGUCCUUAUCGGUUGAAGGGACAUGCAAGAGCGAUAACAAGAAAAUGUAAAGGUUUGCCCCUUGCAAUUGUUAUAACGGCUGGUAUUUUGAAAAAUAACUGGGCAGAAAACUCGUGGUUACAAAUUUCUGAGAGUCUACAUUCGUUUAUGGUUCGUGAUCCAGGCCAAUACAUGGAUUCACUGGCUUUAAGCUAUAAUCAGUUACCUCUUCACUUGAGACAGUGUUUUGUCUUUGUUGGGGUGUUUCCUGAAGACUAUGACAUCCCGGUGACAAAGCUGAUUUGGCUCUGGAUUGCUCAGGGAUUCAUACAUGAAACUGAAAGCGGAACAUUAGAGGAUGUUGCAGAGGAUUUCUUGAUGGAUUUAAUCAAGAGAAGUUUGCUAAUCCCUGGCAAAAGGAGGGUUAAUGGCCAGAUCAAAACAUGCCGCAUCCAUGAUUUGUUGCGAGAUUUAUGCCGUAAAAAAGCAGAUGAAGAGAAUUUUUCUCAAGAAGUUCGCAAGCAUGAUCACGCCACGGCUUCUCUCGAUGAAACCACAGAAAGUAUAAUGCUUCUUUUGCCAUUGGAGCCUCCUGAAUUAUCCUUGUUAUCUGAUUUUUGCUAUCCAUCUGAGUUUGGCAAAUUUCUUCGAAACGGCCAAUCAUUCGAUAUAGAAAGGUAUGAAUCCCUUAGGACUCUUGAUGUGGAAUCUAUCUCCGUCUCCAUGUUUCCCGCUGAGGUAACACAGCUGCUUAACCUAAGAUACUUGGCCAUUCAAGCUCGUGAUGGAAGUCCAAGCGCAUCAAUAUCAAGCCUUGUCAACCUACAAAUGUUGAUAAUAGCGUCAAGAAAGAAUAUUGUUGUACCAAAAACCAUAUGGAGUAUGGUAAAUCUAAGGCAUCUUUGUAUAAAAACAGGGGAAAAUCAUAUUGAGGAUCCUUGUUUUGUACAUGAAACAAAGAAUGAUAGACUGCAAACCUUAUCGCAAGUAAGUCCUCAAUCUUGCCAUAAUAUAUUUUCAAGGACUCCCAAUCUUAGAAAGCUUGGCAUUUGUGGACCACUGGUGUCGAGCCAAGGUGAACUUGAAUUUCCAAACAUACGCGCUUUACAGCACCUUCAGAAAUUAAAACUACUGAAUACGAUUCCUUAUGGUAAACCAACAAGGUUGCUCAAUACUAUGAUGUUCCCAGAAACGCUCAAAAACCUGACGUUGUCAAACACUUGCAUGGAUUGGGAAGACAUGUGGGCCUUAUCUUUGCUACUUAAUCUGGAGGUUCUAAAAUUAAAGUUUCAUGCAUGUAUUGGAGAAACGUGGGAGACAGACGAUGUGGAGUUUAAACAACUUAAGAUAUUAAAAUUGCAUAAUUUGAACUUAAGCCAAUGGGUAUGCUGGAGGGAAAACUUCCCUGGUCUAAAACGGUUAGUGGUUCGUCAAUGCUUAUGUCUUGAAAGUAUCCCUUCUGAGCUUGGCAAGAUCAACACACUGGAGGCAAUUGAGGUACAGUGGUGUAGAUAUUCCACACAGGUUUCCGCGUUAAAAAUCCAAAAGGAGCAAGAAAGCGAAGGGAACUUCUUCUUGAAAGUACAUGCAACCAACAAUCGUUGAGGUGUCCCCUUAACAGUUGAUUAAACUUUCAGUUUCUCAGGUUUGUUUACGGGUCACAGGUCAGGCGAAUCAUGAAAGCAUGGGCUUUGGGUUUUGGAAACGGGUCAGAUUGGGCUCCAAACUUGCAGCAGAAGAAUUAUAUAUUUAUUGGCGUUUAUGUAUUUGUUUUAUUUGCAUUUAGUUAGAGUUUAAUUAGUUGGAGAAUUGGUUAUUGUUGACCGUGUACUGUGGAGUAUACGUGAGAUCAUGGACAUAUUUCACGUGGGUUAUCUCCUUAGCCUUAGGAUCAUGUUUCUGUGCUUCUUAUUUAAUGUAGUGUGUGUUGCAACCAAAGCUUGAUAACCAACAGAAUAUUCAUAAACAGCAUAUCAUUCAUGUCAA